AUGGCCAAAAAGACACCGAAAUCUUUAUUAAAAAAUUACCUAUUGAAUUCUUCUUUCCACGGAUAUCGAUUCGUAGUAGAAAACAAUAGACAUUGGACCGAAAGACUAUUUUGGAUCGUAUGUUGCACGUUGAGUUGGGUGGCUACGGGUCUGUUGAUCUACUCCGCUUACGACGAUUUUAAAAACAACGCGAUCAGUUUCGUCGUCGAUACAAGCUAUUUGGAUUGGGACACGAAUUUCCCUUCGGUUGUCGUAUGCGAAACCGACCAACAAGAAAACAUAGCGAAUGUAACGGAUAAAGUAUUUGGCGACCCCCACGACUACAAUUUAGACGAAAUAGUGAAAGAACUCGUAUAUUACAAGGGGCUGUCGAUAUAUACCCUACAAAUUUGCGGCCCCGACGUCCAAAAUCGAGACGAAAAUUGCUUCAAAAAACAUUUACGUUAUUUCCACGAUCAGGUACGUAGCAGUUGUCGGAAUUUAUUCAAAUCGUGUAUUUGGGAUCGAAGGGAAUUCGAUUGUUGCAAAUACUUUAGGAUCAUCGAUACCGAAUUAGGGACAUGCUACGGGAUCAAUUCGCUCCAAACUAGAGAAGCGCAUCCGCCAUCGUUUAAAAUGGUAUCCAAUAGAAAAUUAGGACCAGGAAGUCUAAAACUGAAACUUUUGGGGAAUUUAAACCUUUACGUUCUGGGACCACUCGAUGUACCAUCUUUAUCUUCUUCUUUAACAGAUAUCAUAACCGUAAGUCCUAAUACGCGCAUCGAAAGAUAUUUCGCCAUCAAAGAAAUCGAAAAUCAACCGGAAGUGAAACACGUGGAAAUCGAUAAAAGAAAAUGUCGUUUUCCAGAAGAAACCGAUUUCGACGUUUAUAGAUAUUAUAGUUACAGCGCAUGCUCGGUGCGAUGCCGUAAACGUGCGCAGUUGAGUAAAUGUCGAUGCGCGCACCAUCUCGUACCGAAUACGCCUUUGGAAAAUCAAUGCGAUUUAGAUGGAAUCAAAUGUUUGAACGAUAAUUAUAACGAAAUAUCAGUUUUCAAAGCUGCUUGGUCGAAUAGAACCGGUUUAGUUUGCGGUUGUUUACCUAGUUGCAACGAAAUUGAGGUUGCGGUCAUUAGAGACGACAAAAAAAGAAUCGAAGAAGAUUACGCCAUAGUGGAUUUGCAAUUAGAUAGACUACCAACUGAAAGAUUUAAGCGAAACGUUGUUAGGGGAAAACUAGAUUUAGUUGUAUCUAUGGGUGGCGCAACGGCUCUGUUUCUUGGAGCUAGUCUAUUGAGCUUCGUUGAGAUUCUACAUUACCUCGUAGUGACACCUUGCGCUAGUCACAUCAGAAAUACCAUAAAACCCCCAAAAAAAUCUUUAAAAAAAUAG